CGCUGAUCUGUCGUAGUAAGAACCUAAGCAGAAUGCAGCCAUGUAUACAUAUAUAGCUGUGUAUAAUACAUGGUUCAGCACCUUCAUGCUCGAUCAAAACUAUACUUAAAUUCAAGACGAAUAUGGAGCUGUCUCUGUAUGAAAGCAAGGCUAAUCUGCCUAUACCAACCAAAGAACCACUUACACCAGCCGAUAGUAGCGGUCAUGGCGAGUCCAGACUGGUUGACAGCAAACAAUUGCCAACGUUCUUCAUGGGCAAAUCUUGGCGAUUCUGGGCUAUUAUACCAUCACUCAUGGUGACUACACUCCUAUCAGCGGUGGAAGUGACUGUUUUAUCUACAGCAUUACCCACGGUCGUCCAUACGCUUAAUAUUGGCGAAAACUAUCCAUGGAUCGUCAACUCCUUCCUUCUUACCAGUACCGCCUUUCUCCCCAUCAUGGGCCAGCUUGCCGAUGCCUGGGGCCGCCGAUGGCCAACCAUCAUCACCGUAGCCAUCUUCACACUUGGAAGUGCCAUUGCGGGUGGUGCGAACAACAUUGCCACCCUAAUUGCUGGUAGAGCCAUCCAAGGCCUCGGAAGUGGUGGUCUCAAUCUGCUUGUCGACCUCAUCAUUUGCGACCUCGUACCGCUCAGAGAGCGUGGAAAGUUUAUCAGCAUUAUCAGCAUCAUGUUUGCCAUUGGCUUGUUCCUCGGUCCCUUCAUCGGUGGCUCCAUUGUACAGCACGCUAGUUGGCGCUGGGUUUUUUGGAUCAACCUUCCCGUGGGAGGCGUGUCCAUCAUGAUGCUGUACCUCGCGCUACAGGUCAACUCGGUCCAGGUACCCUUGAAAGAGCGUCUUCGUCGAAUCGACUACAUUGGUAAUAUACUCAUUAUAGGCUCUGUCUUUGCCAUCAUGUAUGCUUUAACGUACGCAGGCACCUUUUACGCCUGGACUGAUGUCCGCGUGCUGGCGCCGCUCGUCUGUGGCUUUCUGGGUAUUGCUGCGUUUCAUGUCUAUGAAGGCUCGAGGUUCUGCAGUUGGCCGACUAUCUCUGCUCGCUUCUUUGGACAUCGAACUACAGCUGUUGCAUUCUUUCUCACUUUUGCGCAUGCACUUAUGACCCUCUGGACCCUCUACUUCCUACCUGUGUACUUCCAGGCCGUUCAAACCGUCACGCCGUCUCGCUCCGGAGUAGAAUUGCUGCCGACAGUGUUUGGCAUGAUUCCUGGUGCAACCAUUGCUUCACAAUACCUCACAAGAGUUGGAAAAUACAAGAUGCUGCACAUUGUCGGGAUCCUGCUAAUGGCUGGUGGUCUCGGUAGCUUUGCGGCGUUGGGUGCCGACUCGGAUACUGCCAUGUGGGUUUGCCUUCAGCUCAUCAACUCCAUUGGAAAUGGAAUACUGGCGACGUCGUUGCUUCCUGCGGUCCAAGCUGGUCUUACAGAUGAGGAUAAUGCUCUGAGCACGUCAACUUGGGCAUAUUUGCGCAGCUACGGCGCCAUCUGGGGUGUCACUAUACCCGCAGUCAUCUUUAACAACAUCUUCUCCAAAAGUCUCUGGAAGAUACCUGAUCUUGAGGCCCGAGCUGCUCUGAGUGGUGGCAACGCCUAUGCCAACGCUGCGCGGGAGUUUAUCCUCAGCUUUCCACCCAGUAUCCAGCCCGAGAUUGUUCAAGUAUACACGGAUGCCCUGCGUGUCUUGUGGUUGAUUGCUGCUGCCAUCUGCGGUUUUACUCUAAUCUUUGCAUUUUUAGAACAGGACAUCCCACUGCGCGAGUCGCUACGAGCCGAAUUUGGUAUCAAGGUGAGAAGCGACAGAAAGACAGAGGUCAUUGUAUAGCAUAUUUGUACGCUCUGUAAGAUAGCCUGCUCCCUAUAGUAUUCCCAGGCAAUGAUCUUAGCAAGUAUAAUCGCAGGCUUUGUUUGCGCAAGUGGCUGGAUACGUACAGUACACGGGCUUGGCGCUACCGUAUG